GGAUGCGCGGCGCCGGCGCGCGUGAGAAGCACGGCAGCGUGAGGACAAGCCAGAACGCCCAAACUAUGGACGUGUGCGAGAGAUGCGUGCUCACAGCCGCGUAGGCGUCGGGCACAGCUCGCGGUUGCUGUGCCUACGCAGAGCGUGUCGAGAGAGGCAGACCUAGUUUUUGGCCGCGGCCUCGUAACUCUCACAACAAAGCCAUGCAGACCAAAGCACUUGUCGUUCUCAGCCUAUCGACAGCGGGAGCGCUGCAGUUGUCGCGGCGCGACCUCGCCCAGGCCAUUGGCAUUGGUGCAGCCUCUACUCUUGCGCCCGUAGCGAACGCAGCCGACAUAAAGGCCUGCCAGAAGGGCGCAAAUAAUUGCUGGUCCACGGCGUCGACGGAUAAGACGUCUCUGAAGCCCUGGACCUUCCCUAACAAAAAGACCGCGGCAAAAGAGCUGCGCGCGGCGCUCGAGGCGUACCCCCAGGCGGGCCAGAACAAGGCCGACGAGGGCGGCUGGUCCUUCGCCGUCGACGAGCUCGACAAGUCGGGCUACGCGCGGCUCGAGUACAAGUCGGGCCUCGGGAACAUGGCGAAAUAUUUCAACGGGGGCAAGCCGUUCGUCGACGACCUGGAGGUGCUGGUCGGCGCCGACAGCGUGAGCGUGCGCUCGUCGUCGCGCGUCGGCGACAGCGACCUCGGCGUCAACGCGAAGCGCCUCGCGUACCUCGCGAAGGACCUGAAGGCGAAGGGAUGGGAUGUGGUGACUCCGCCCGUGAAGUAGGUGGUGUGUAAGAGCUAUAGUUGAG